GGGUUCACUGUGUAUCGCCUGCUUCAAUAAUUUUUGUUUACGUGUAUGUUAUUAGGUUAAAAUUUUAAAUCAAUUAUUUAUUUAAAGGCUAAUUUAAGUUUUAUAGUGGAAAAAUAUAAUGAAUUUUCUAAAAAAGUUCCAGCCUAGUAUAGAAACACUCAAACAGUUAGAUGCAUAUUCAAAGCCCAUUGAGGAUUUUAGGGUUAAAACUGUUUCUGGAGGGACAGCCUCGAUUCUUUGUUGGCUAGUGAUUGCAAUUUUGCUGAGUAAGCGUGUCUAUGAAUUUGCAUUCAACACAGAAACAGUGGAGAUGAUAGUAGUUGAUACUUCUAGUGGAAGCAAACUGCAGAUUAACAUAGAUAUUGUGGUACCAGCUGUGUCGUGUGAUUACCUUGCCCUUGAUGCAAUGGACUCUUCUGGCGAACAACAUUUACAUAUUGAACAUAGUAUAUUCAAACGACGUUUAGAUCUUGCUGGAAACCCCAUUGAAGAUCCCAAGAAGGAAGAGAAACUUGGGACGCAUAAAUCACAGAAUGAUACCGCAAUUGCUUUGCCCAAGUGUGGAAGCUGUUAUGGUGCUGAAAAUCCAGAAAGAAAUAUUACUUGCUGUAACACGUGCGAAGAUGUGAAGAAAGCGUAUGAACUGAAGAGAUGGUCUCUAGUAGAGAUUGAUAAAGUAGAGCAAUGUAGGUCUACUCAAGAUGCAGAGAAGGUAGCUCGGGCUCUCAAGGAAGGCUGUCAAAUAUAUGGGUAUCUGGAGGUUAAUCGGGUGGGAGGAAGUUUUCAUGUGGCUCCAGGACAAAGUUUUUCAGUGAAUCACGUACAUGUGCACGAUGUCCAACCGUUUUCAUCGUCUGCAUUCAACACAUCACACAUCAUUCGUCAUUUAUCCUUCGGCAAAACCAAACUGGCCGGAGUCAACCCGCUGGACAACUCGCGGUCGAUAGCAACCGAAGGUGCUGUCAUGUACCAGUACUACAUCAAGAUUGUCCCGACGAAAAGGUUUCAUAAAGAUGGCAUGGUUUUGUAUUCCAAUCAAUUUUCUGUGACAAAACAUUCUAAGGUCGUGUCUCCAGGCAGUGGUGAUUCAGGAAUGCCUGGAAUAUUUUUUAGCUACGAACUUUCAGCCCUCAUGGUGAAAAUAUCUGACAAAGUUAUCCCCUGGAGUCACUUUCUCAACGACUGCUGUAGUUGUAUUGGAGGAGUCUUCAUCGUCUUUAUGCUGCUCGAUUCAUUUUUCUAUAGAUCUGUUGUUUUAUGGAAAAAAAUGGAAAUAGGAAAAGCACAUUGAAAACAUUGAAACUUAAAGCGAAAAAAAGACUACCGGUACUGAUUUAUUUAAGGGGAGUGGCAAUCUGGAGCGUUACAGUACAUUCUAGCUCGAUAAAACAUACACACUGUUGAUAACCAUAUUUUUACUAGUUGUAUAUUUUAUUCCUAUGUUACUUUUAUAUUUGUGUGUAUGUGUAGUAGGCGCCUUAAAAUAAGAAAAUAAUUAGCAAAACCUAGAAAUAAUUAGAACACAGAU